GCCACCUUCAUAGCUUACAUGUGAUUCCUCUGCUUAUACAACCCAAUACUGGAUUUACUUACUUUGGCAAGAUAGCUGCAUUGUGCACUGUAUUUAAUGUUACGUGUACUGUAACCUUGGGUCUCUCUGCAUUGCUGCCGUUAAAUCCCCAAUCCUGCCAAUCUAAGACUCCUGCCUUUGUUUACCUGCUCCCCUCCCCCCCCAGACCCUCUCCCUCCUUACAUUCAUCCACAAUGAAUGUCAUCUUUAUUCUCUCAUUUCCUUUCACUCCAAUCUUACACUUUGAUAAAACUUUCGCUCUGUCUAUAAAUUAUCAGUUGUCAGCCACCUAUUUUCCUCCCUGCUUUGGUAAUGGGGCAACCUUUAGUCUUCUCUCUGGUGCUUUUCCUGUCAGAAUCAUUAAACACUUGGCAUUUCUUCCAAAUCGGUUCCCUAGGAACUCCUCUGAUUUGACCGCCUGAUCUAGUUGUUACCUAUGCUUUAGUUCUUCUUUCCAGAUUUUCUUGACUCCUCCUGACCUCUAUCCCUCUGACUUCAUUCAGGAUAACAGUGUUAUCUCACUCCUCUUCCCCAGUGAGAUUGUAAGAUUGAUUUACCAUGGAAAUUUCUAGCCAAUAAGGAUAAUAUUAUUCUUUUCAAUUGUGAAUAGACUAGUCUUUAAUAAUUUUAAGCAGAUUCUUUCCCCGUUCUCUGCCCCCCACCACCUAGAUCUUAAUUAAAAAAAUAAAUGCUAGACAUUAAAUUACCGCACAUUUCUAAGACGAAUGAGGUAAAGAAAGAAGGAAGGGAAGUAAGGUAUUUGUGUUGAGUAGGAAAUGGCCUUCCAAGUAGGCUAAACUGAGAUUCUUGUUGGGUUUGGCAUGGCUGUCUGAAAUGGGAGGUGAGACUUUGUUUUUCCUAGAUUCUGGAGUGUUCUCUUAAUCUCAGAUUUAGAGUAGGUUUUUAAGUUGGCUUAUUUAGGACUGUUGACACAGACACACAGUCAUUUAAUUGCCUGCUUUGGUUCAUCAUUUAGAGCGUGGGAAGUGUAACUUUUUCUGAUUGGAAGGUCUCCAUAUGCUCCUUUUAUCCGUUUCUAAAGUCCCUGCAGUUUCACUGAAUUCCAGUGUCUCCUAUAGUGGUGGUCAAGUUCACAUUUGAGUUCUCACUUUUUUUUUUCCUCUAUCUUAGUUGAUGUGUCCUAUCCAAACAGCUUCUCCUUGGAUCUGUGGAUCUUUUACUGAACCCAGAAGGAGCUGGAGUCAGAUGGCAGCACUAUGGAGGAGUAUCCACAGGAGGACUGGGGAAACCACAGUCAGGAUCUCCAUGGUUAUCCAACAGAUCAGGAAUUGGAUGAAAUACCUGUCACAAAGAGAACAUUAAAAAUAAAACAAGAGUCUUCUGAAGAAGCGCAGAAGAGAGACAUCAUGCAAAACAUUGUACAGAUUUUGGAAUCAGUACAAUUGAAAUGGGAACUAUUUCAGAGCUGGACAGACUUUUCAAGGCUUCAUCUUUCUAAUAAACUGGCCAUUUUUGGAAUUGGUUAUAACACCCGUUGGAAAGAGGACAUCCGUUAUCAUUAUGCUGAGAUCAGCUCCCAGGUGCCCCUUGGCAAGCGACUCCGGGAGUACUUCAACUCCGAGAAGCCCGAGGGACGAAUCAUUAUGACCCGUGUGCAGAAAAUGAACUGGAAAAAUGUUUACUACAAAUUCUUAGAGAUCACCAUUAGUGAGGCUAGAUGCCUGGAGCUGCACAUGGAAAUUGACUGGAUACCCAUUGCCCAUUCCAAACCAACUGGUGGGAACGUGGUUCAAUAUUUAUUACCAGGAGGCAUUCCCAAAAGUCCAGGCCUUUAUGCCAUUGGCUACGAAGAAUGUAUUGAGAGGCCCCCUUCACCGCACUUGGAGCGACGUCCUCUGGACCCAGGAAAGGAGGGCCGGGUUGACUUGGAGACCCUCUCAGCGCAAGCCUCAUUACAGGUGGAAAUCGAACCCACCCGAAUAAUCUAUUGCUACCUCGGGAUUGCUGAGGUCAGGACUCUCCAGCAAUGCUUAUUUUUACAUUUCCAGGCAAAUGCCAAAACCUUCAGCAAAGAUUGGGUUGGUAUUAAUGGGUUUUUAUCUCAAAACUGUAUCGUGGAUCCCGGAAUUUCCCCCAAAUCCAUCUAUAUCAAAUUUGUAGAAGUAGAGAGGGAUUUUCUUUCCGCUGGCUCUUUAGUCGAGUGCCUGGAAAAAGCCAUUGGGUACCCCUUAAAAUUUAACAACUGAAUGUCAUCCUUCAUAAGGAUUUGGGCUCUUACCUCCCUCUUCUCUACUCACUUGGCAUUACUCAGACUGCCUCUCAUCCAGAUGCUGCCAUCAGACUCUUCACGGGAACUCUUGCCACCAUUGGGCCAGUACAACUUCUACAGAAUCAUACUAGACUUUGGGCAGAAAAAAAAAAAAAAAACAGACCUCACCUGAAAAUGCUCAUUUUGAGCAAGUAAGAUAUACAGCGAACUUGCAUGGUGGGUCAGCUGUUUUCUUUUUUAAAAACAAAAACAAUUUUUAAAUGGAUUUUAGAGCCCUGAUAUAAACAAAUGUAGGUACAUUCCAUAUUGGACAAAACUUAUACUUUGAGUUUCAUAUGAAAUUGAAAAAUUGUAUUUUUUUCACAAUGUUUCAUUUUUACACAUCUCUAUGUCUCUAUAUAAGUAUUAUUUACAACCCUGAAUAAAUAAGCAAUAGAUAAUGGCAAGUUAAAUCUUGAGUCACAGUAAAUAAGACUGUUUUUCAAUAUCACCCUUAGCUACAAUUGUAUAUAAUUUAGAGUCUCAUUUUUUUCACCACCCAAGUGUUUUGCUAUUCCCAAUCAGUGUUGCCUGCAAAGACCUUUGUUUCUGUGAUGUACCAACUUUACGGUUGUGUUGCCAUUUAAACUUUUUAAGAAAAAAAAUAUUAAAGUAAUUCUUGACCUCUUGGA